AUGGCACCUGCACAGUCGACCUUCAAGGGCCUCCCUGUCAUCCCGCCCAAUGACCCCUCGCUGACUGCCACUUCCACCACUCCUCGCAAGAUCCGCAAGGUGUUCGAGGCCAUCGAUCAAGCCGAGGGUGCAGGCGCAAGAGUCAGAAGAUCAGUCGGCACAAGAGAGUUGAAGAACUUCACACCUUUCCUCAUGCUCGUAAGUCCUUGCAAACCCCUACACGAAGCAAGCAGACCACUAACACAAUCCAACAGNGACCACUUCACCAUCUCCCCUGGCGCUGGCUUCCCCGAUCAUNNCCCUCACCGCGGUCAAGAAACAAUUACGUACCUCCUCAGCGGCGCUGUUGACCACGAAGACUUUGCCGGCAACAAGGGCACCAUCCACGCCGGCGACCUACAAUUCAUGACAGCAGGAAGAGGCAUCGUGCACGCCGAGAUGCCCGCACAGAACCCCGAUGGCAGCGCAAACAUCGGCAUGCAACUAUGGGUCGAUCUCCCCGCCCAGCUCAAAGAUUGCGAACCCCGUUACCGCGACUUGCGCGCUUCCGAGAUCCCCGUCGCAAACUCCGAGGAUGGCAAGGUCACUGUCAAGGUUAUCUCUGGACGCGCAUAUGGCGUUGAUUCGUUGCAAGAGUUGGCAUACACACCUGUUUGGUUGCUGGAUGUGAGGGUACAGCCAGGCGGCACGUUCAACACUCCUCUGCCGCACAAAUGGAAUACGUUCAUCUACACUCUUAGCAACAGUAUCAAUCUCUCUUCUGGAUCGACUUCGCGAACGAUCCCGCAAUACCACAAUGCUGUUCUGGAGCAAGAGGGCGACAGCAUUGUCGCUAGUGUCCCCGAGUCCGCAGACAAGGAGAGCAGAUUCAUCUUGGUUGCUGGUAUGCCUUUGAACCAACCCGUAAGUUUCUUCACGCCUCCAGAGUCGCCAAAUAUACUAACACGGCUGUUCAGNAUCAUUCAAUACGGCCCAUUCGUUCAGACCAGCACAGAGGGAAUUUACAAAGCAAUGGCCGACUACCAAGGCUACACCAACGGCUUCGAGCGAGCCGAGAACUGGGAGUCGGAGAUUGGCAAGAGCAUGGUGCACUGA